CGUGAGGCGGAGGGCUGUGCUCAGCGGCAGCACAUUGGGCCGUCCCGCUGCCUCUCUUGCCAGCGACGGCUGUCUACAGUAGCGGCCCGCGGCCCGCGGCCCGCCUCCUGCCGUGCCUUGCCCUGCGGAUGUGGAGCCGGCGGCCGGCGCAUACUCUCAAAAGAUGGCGGAAAGCUUGUCUUUCUUGGAUACUUUUGAGCCUAACUUCAGGCCUCUGGUAGUGAUUGAGCUUGCAAAAGGUACCAAACAGGAAACCAUAGCAUGGUUCACUAGACGAAUUGUGGACAAAAAAACAAACGGGGGUGCACAACUGCUGGUUAAACCCUUGGUUACAGAAAAUGGAGAUGAGAAUAUUUACCUAGUUGGAGCUUCCCACUUAAGGCUGUUGCUGGGAGCUGAAACUGUGGGUUUGGUGAAGGAAUGUAAUGAUAACUCAAUGAGAGCUUUUACAUACAGCAGUAGAAAAACUUUCAAAGAUUUUGCAGAUGACAAUCACAAUUUCCUUACAAUGUCAGAAUGUCAGUAUAUCAUCAAACAUGAACUUGAAAAUUUGAGAGCUAAAGACGAAAAAAUGAUCCCUGGGUAUCCUCAGGCAAAGUUGUAUCCAGGAAAAUCAAUUGUGCGAAGAUUAUUGACCAAUGGCAUUCUAGUUCAGAUUUUUCCACUGCAUGAUAGAGAAGAGUUGAAAAAACUUCGUCACAGCUGGUAUGGCCGAGUGAAAGUUGGCUAUCAACCUUUAGAUGAGAUACGCUGUUACUUUGGUGAAACUAUUGCCCUCUACUUUGGCUUCUUAGAGUACUUCACGUUUGCUUUGAUUCCAAUGGCUGUCAUUGGUAUUCCUUAUUAUGUGUUUGCCUGGGAAGACUAUGACAAAUACGUGAUGUUUGCCACAUUCAAUCUGCUCUGGUCCACCGUGAUACUGGAAGUCUGGAAGCGAAUUUGUGCCAUCAUGACGUACCGUUGGGGGACACUGUUGAUGAAACGACAGUUUGAAGAACCAAGACCAGGCUUCCAUGGUGUCCUGGGUAUCAAUCCCAUCACUGGGAGGGAAGAACCAGUGUACUCAAGUAUUAAGAGACAGAUACGGAUUUAUCUGGUGUCCUUACCAUUUGUGUGCCUUUGCCUCUACUUCUCACUGUAUGUGAUGAUGAUUUACUUUGACUUGGAACAGUGGGCUCUGGAUUAUCAUGAAGAGAAUGAGUCUAACUUCAGCAGCUUGAUGCUGUUUGUGCCCAGUAUCAUAUAUGCUGUUGUUAUUGAAAUUAUGAACCGCAUCUAUCGAUAUGCUGCUGAAUUCUUAACAUCGUGGGAAAAUCACAGACUGGAAUCUUCGUAUCAGAAUCACUUAAUUCUGAAGGUUUUAGUUUUCAACUUCUUAAAUUGUUUUGCAUCUCUCUUCUACAUUGCCUUUGUGCUAUUUGAUAUGAAGCUUUUGAGACAGAGCUUGGCCACCUUGCUGAUAACUUCGCAGAUCCUUAAUCAGUUUGCAGAAUCCUUGCUUCCUUACUGGCUCCAGAAGAGACAUAACAAGAGGAUGAAGAAACGCAUGUGUUCUCUGAAAACAGAUACGGACCUCUCAUUACUUGAACAAGUCAACUUGGAGAAAGAAAUGGGCACCUAUUUUGGUACUUUUGAUGAUUAUCUGGAGUUGUUCUUGCAGUUUGGCUAUGUGAGUCUUUUCUCGUGUGUUUAUCCACUGGCAGCUGUCUUUGCAGUGUUAAACAACAUCACAGAGAUAUAUUCUGAUGCCUUAAAGAUGUGUAGAGUUUACAAGCGUCCAUUUGCAGAACCCACAGCAAAUAUUGGUGUUUGGCAGUUGGCUUUUGAAACUAUGAGUGUAAUAUCAGUUGUUACUAAUUGCGUACUGAUUGGAAUGUCUCCACAAGUGAAUGCGCUUUUCCCAGACUCAAAACCAGACCUUAUUCUGACUGUGGCAUUGGUAGAGCACUUGCUACUAGCAAUAAAGUUUAUCAUGGCAUUUGUAAUUCCGGAUAAACCAAGAGAUAUCCAGAUAAAACUAGCCAAAUUGGAAUUUGAAUCUCUAGAGGCUCUCAAACAACAGCAAAUGAAGCUCUCGGCUGAGUCACUGAAGGAGUAAACACCAAGGAAUGAGGAUGACUAACGCAGUCACAUGUGAAUUUGGGCACUUCUUGAGCAUUUGUUUAUGGUGAUGUGUCGCGCUCAGAGUGUGCACUCUACCAUCUAUGCAGUAGGUGGCACCUGCUUAUAUGAUACUCGGUAAACAUUCUUUGCCUGACACUGUAAAAAGAAGUGUUUUCUCCAGCUCUUUGUUCCUUAUAUGCACCCGUUUGUGAAGUUAACUCCAAAUAAAGCACUCCAGCUUAUGCUAGGUCUGGCAGAAGUCUGCCAGGCUCACUGUGCUUCAAGUGAUUGAAAACAGGUCCUGUGAGUAAGCAUCCAGAAGCUGGAACUCAACUGAGCUGACUCUCAGCUGCAGCUUUGUAAAAGACAAAAAGCCAAGAGGAGGGUAGAUGAGUAUUUAAUCCACAACGUACUGUCCCUUUGGGGUUAUUGCCCCUUUUGUCCCUUUAUUACAAUAGCUAAUCAAUCCUGUAUUAUUUCAAAGACUUGCCUAUUAGCUACUGUUUGCACACAGCAAAUGAAAUAUUUUAUCUGCUGCAUAAUGAAAUACAUUAUUAUUAUUAUUAUUUCCUAUAUGAUCUGAGAAAUAGUUGAACAUAAGUAUUAUCAGGUCUGCAUUAUGUGCUCCUCUGUGCUAGUUGGCUAAGUAAGCCCCACUAAAGGUCUUUCCAAAAGCCAGGCAGAAAGCAUUUGGUGGGAGAGACACUGCUGAGCUGCAGUUCAUGAAGUGUAUUUAUUUUUUUAAUUUACAUUAGAGGUUGGUAUCACUUCCCUGGAUCUUGAGCUGUGGCUUUGUAUGAACGGCUAUCUUCUGGUUAAAUGAACCCACCCUAUCAGAUCAAUUAAACUCGACACUUGACACACCGGUGUAUGGAGUCAGUAUCUCAUCUGUCUUUUUUGUAUUUCAUAAAAAAAGGUAGUUUUCCUAAUGUUUUGGUGUUUUUCUGACAGUAAUAGCACCACAAUCUACAGUGUUUGCUCCCAUGACCCUGAGAGAGUUUAUUUUCUCCCACUGAGACCUUCACCUUAGGCAGCUGUAACUUCCCUGUGUGUGACACUCGUUGGAUUCUGUUGGGAAAAUCCGCUGUGGCAAUAAUGAAGGUAUUUGCCUACUUGGCACAUUUCAGCUUUCUGCAACAGGCCCUGCCCAGCAGAGUGAUAUAACCAAGCCAAAAUAAGGUAUUGUGUGUGCAACUGAAAAGGAGCAUUUCUGCAGCUGUGCUGGCGUGAGGCAGUGUGACAGGAGCAUGUUCCCCACGGCCAAGGCGUCCAGCUGUGCCACAGCCGCCGCCUCCCACCGCUGCUGCGGUUUCAGGGACACCUCACGGGCUGCUGCUCUUUCCCAGCCCCUUCCCAAAGCCCUGGCAGGGCUGCAGCUGCACCAGCUCUGCCCACGGUGAGCAGCGGGGAUCUCCCAAGGGACCAUGUCUCCCUCCCUCUAGAGCUCCCCAAACCAAAGCUGUUUAGAAGAGGGGACCAACAUGUUCUCCCAGUUCUGCAGUUUCUUCCCCACUUUGCUGUGCAGGAGCUCACGUUUGCUCAGGUUCUGCUCGUGCUGCCUAGUCUGUGUUUUCGAGUGAACAGUUCAGGAGAAGAAAAAUCUGUAGGAUGGGUUCCCCUUGUGAGACCACAUCUGGAAUAUUGUGUGCAGUUCUGGGACCCUCAGUUCCAGAAGGACAGGGAGCUGCUGGAGAGAGUUCAGCACAGGGCCACCAAGAUGAUGGAGUGGAGCAUCUCCCUUCUGAUGAAAGGCUGAGGGAGCUGGGGCUCUUCAGCUUGGAGGAGACUGAGGGGUGACUUCAUUAAUGUUUAUAAACACAUAAAGGGUGGGUGUCAGGAGGAUGGAGCCUGGUUGUUCUCAGUGAUGUCCAAUGACAGGACAAGGGGCAAUGGGUACAAGCUGGAACAGAAGAGGUUCCAAAGAAAUACAAGGAAGAAUUUCUUCACUGUGAGGGUGACAGGGCACUGGAACAGGCUGCCCAGAUGGGUUGUGGAGUCUCCUUCUCUGGAGAUAUUCAAAGCCCACGUGGGUGAGUUCCUAUGUGACCUAUUCCAGGUGGUCCAGCUGUGGCAGGGAAGUUGGACUGGAUGAUCUUUCGAGGUGCCUUCCAACCCUUGAGAUUCUGUGAUUCCUGGUAGAAUAUGUUCUUGUAAGCUUGACGUAGAUGUUUUGAAGGGGUUCUGCUAGUCAGAUAAUUUGUGCUCAUUUAUGAGCAUGAAGUUGGUGUGUGAUGCUGAUGGCAAAUGGGGAGUCUGGAAUAAUUUUCUAAGGUAGAUUAGAAAAGGAAUCUAGUUGUGUCUGAGCUGUGACCAUGUGAAAAAUAGAUAGACUUCUGCAAAACUGAUUUUUGUGGUUGUCCCCGUGGUCCUUUCAUUCUCCUGUUUUCUGUAGACCAACAGGAAAAUCUCUAGGCAGGUUUAAGUACCUAGUGACAUAAGUAACAGUAGCUGUUGUCCUUGCCUUAGAUGAAUCUCUUCACUUCUUUGGUUCCUUCUCUAGAAGUGGGAAUAAUAAUGUUCUUUAAGUGGAUAUUCCACCUACAGUAGGUGGGGAGGAAUUAUGAUCUUUCAUACUGUGAGGGAGAAGUAUGGGAAUCUUUUGUUUUAUAGGGAUUAGAGUUUGUUCUUGAUACUGGGAGAACUCUUGUUUUAGCACUGUAGAUACUGUGCAGUCAUGACUGCUUCUGUCCCAAAGAGCACACGCUUCAGCUUGCUCAGAAAUGUCACCUAUAUACUGCCAAGUAAUAUUUUGCCACUGAACUGAAAUUUAGCUCCUGUCCCUCUAUAUGCUGCUCCUUGUCCUUUCACUGGAAGCUUGUUCUGUUUCA